GAAGAACCGGAAGUAAACGUUCCAUGGUGGCUGCUAGCUCGUGUUGUUGUACUUGGACAUUUCCAAACUGUUAAAAUGAACAAACCACAGGACUUUGAUUCGUAUGAGCUCGAGGAGCCGAGUGACGAGGAGAGAGCCGAGAGCAGUUCGGAAGAUGAGCUGGACGGUGCUGCUCAACGGGACGCCGGAGCAGAAGAAGAAGCUGAUCAGAGAGUAUCUGACGGGGGAGAGCGAGUCGUCCAGCGAGGAUGAGUUCGAGAAGGAGAUGGAGGCCGAGCUGAGCACCACCAUCAAGACCCUGGAGGGAACCUGGACACCAGCCACAGCAGCAGCAGCAGCAGCAGCAGGAGGAGGAGAAGCAGGAGGUGCAGGUGCUCCUGGACUUCCUAACCCUACGACGUACGAUGAGGUUUACUUCGACUCAGACUCAGAGGGAGAGGAUAUGCCAACUGGCUCCACUGGACGGAGGAAGAAACAGCGGGCCAUACUGACCAAUGACGAGCUGCUGUAUGACCCCGACGAGGACGACAGGGACCAGGCCUGGGUGGACGCGAGGAGGAGACAGUAUAACGGCAGGAAGCGACCAGCUGGAGGCUCUCGGUCGCAGGGUCGUCAGGGUUCGGGUGAAACGAGCAGCGACGCCGUCCUGAACUGUCCCGCCUGCAUGACCACGCUCUGCCUGGACUGUCAGAGGCACGACAAGUACCGGACGCAGUAUCGAGCGAUGUUCGUCAUGAACUGCACGGUGAAGAGAGACGAGGUGUUGCGCUACAAAACCCAGCAGGACCUGAAACAGAGGAAGAGGAGGAAGAGGAGGAGGGGACAGAAAACAGAAUCCAUUGCUGACGAGACUCCUGAACCGGUGCCCGCGGGGAUGGACGCUGAUGAGGUUUACUAUCCGGUGUGGUGCACCGAAUGUUCCACAGAGGUCGCCGUGUUCGACAAAGAAGAGGUCUACCACUUCUUCAACAUCCUGGCCAGCCACUGCUGAGACACACAGACAGACAGUUUUUUAUUUCAGGGGGUUUGUCUGGGACUCUUUACCUCACUGCAGCUUUUUUAGCUACAGGAUUGAAGAAGAAGAACUUGGAGGAUUGAUGAUUUCUUGCUGAGAGGGCAGAAUCCAAUCCAAGAGCAUUGAUCCAUCUGAGAGAAUACGCUGAAAUACACUCCGAUUUCAUAUCAUGGUUGAAUUAUUUUCACCUGCCUGAAGAGACGGAAACAAUCUGAAUAACUUGGGAAUGUCAGCGGGAUAUCAUCUGUAUAGAUUUUAGGUUUCAAAUUUCAUCCGAAAAAUUAAAUUUGAAACCUAAAAUCUGCCUUUUGAAGCUCCUAUGAUCACUACUCGACCAAACACACACUAGCCCAAAUUAAAGGCAGAAGCAUCUAAAUUACUUGAUAAUUACAAAGGUGGGAUAGUGAUAUAUCGGCUGAUACCCAUUUUGUUUUUAACUACAGUCAAACAUUUUUGAUUUGCCUUGGUGAUUUGGCUAUUAAGCAUUCAUUCACUAUAUAAAUCAGGAAUACAUGGAUUAUAAAACUGUAAUGUAGUAGACUUUAUCAACAACUGUAAGUGGAUUCUCUAAAAUAGACAAUAAAUGACAAUUGUUGACACAUAUUGUAAUUUAAUAAACACAAAAGGGUCGUUAUAGCUUCAUAUAACUACAUUAUAGGGUGUUAUAAAACCAUGUAUGAAAUAUUUGUAUAUUGCCUUUGAAUGCCAUCAAGAGGGGCUUCAAAUGAGAGGUUAGCAGCCUGGUCACGAUAUUAAACCUGCAAGUGCCCUCUGUUUAACAAGCUGUGUUAUGGUGACAUUAUUUCUAAUGUUUAUUUGACAUUUCUGUACUCGGUUUUAAGAUGCUUUUUAAGCUUCUCAUGUCAAUACCUCUUAACGUAUAUCAGAGGCAGAAUGGGCUAUCCUGGCUUUAAGUUUUAAGAACAAAUGCAUAGUUUCAUGAUUAAAACGGACCUGUCCUUUAAUAAAACAGCAGGUCACUGUAUUGUUUUGAUUAAAACUAACAGGAGUAAAUUAAGCAUUCCCUGGGGACUUAAUCAGAAUCUCAAAGUUAAUUAGGGGCAAAAGUUUUCAAACUAAUUAAUAGAAUACAAAUAAAAAAGGCAUAAUUUCAAGCAAAAAUACUUAUCGAAGGGACACUAAGUAUUCCUUUUUGUUAUAUUUUCAAUAGUGGUGCCACAUUGUUGUAACUCUAGAGUAAAAAUGUGAAACAUUUUGUUUAGAGUCAGUCAAUUUCUUCUGGUGAAUGUGAACUUUUCCCCCAAAUUAAAUUAGUUAUUUGUAUCAAAUCCAUCAGCUUUAAAGUUCAUAAAAAUGUCCUCAUCCUGAAGUUAGAUAG